GUAACAAGCACGUACGGCCACAGUCAGCUGAAAACUGGGCAUCCCGUCCGCUCUGCCAUACAUAAGCAGUUGAACGGCAGAUUAGUACUACGGUGGGUGACCACGUGGGAAUCCCUGCUGCUGUACGUUUUGCACUUCUUCUGUCCGUCACAAGAA